AUGAUCCGGCCAUCAAGCAUCAAUCGGGCAUGCGAGGAGUGCAAGCGGAAGAAGACGAGAUGCGACGGACAUCGACCAGCCUGCGGUCUCUGUUCUCGGGCGGGGUUCACCUGUGCUUAUCCGCGCCGAAAGCCUCGUGAACAAGGAAGCCAGCGCAAGACGCAAAACGCUCGUGAAGCGCUGCCUUCCAACCGAAGUGGGGAGGUGGCUGAUCUCAACCAGCGACGUAGAGACCCAAGUAGGGCAGAAUGCGCUCAGCUCACGCCCAACAGAGCGGACUCCGAUACUGGAGACGACGACAACGAGGAUACCAUAAUGUACCGGAUAUUUGGACGGUCCACGACGUUUCUGCCUUUGACCCUUCUAUGCUGGAACAUUCCCGUGCCCAUCUUGCCCGACGACGCCGCCUCGGAUCUGGUCUUGACGCCCGCAGACACUGGGCAGUCCCCCGCGUUGCGGAUCGGGGAUGCAGCGGGCAAAGGCAGUCAAACCUCCGUGAUAACCCAGCAUAAUGCCAUCGAGUCCCGAUCGAGGCGAUAUGUCCUCGAUGUCCCGCCAGAACUGGUCGUCUUUCUCACCAAUCUUUACUUUCAAAGAGUUCAAGCCUUCUUACCGCUGUUCCAUCGACCGACAUUCUACCAGAACUACGUCGAUGACGAACUUGGUACCAAGUCCGAGAACCUGUCCGAGGACUUGGCCAUCAUCCUCUAUGCCAUGAUGGCGCUAUCCGCUCGAUACCAUCCAUGCCCCUAUUAUGGCGAUGCACCAAGUAAGGACCGCGGAGUCCGGUUCGCCGAGAGAGCUCAGGCCAUUUAUGACGAGCGCAGCAACGCCAACCGCCAGGAACCUAAGUCGCUGCGAUGGCUACAAGGAUGCAUUCUCUUGAGUUUCUACAACCAAGCUUGCAAGCCCAAAGGGGGCGGCGACUCCGAAAUCCAGUAUUGUGUGCGAUAUGCGUACCAGCUGGGGCUACAUAAGCUGGACAAACCUCAACCAAACCAGCCGCAAUUGGCCGAGACCGAUGCCGAGCAGUGGAUACGACAAGAAGAACAACGGUGCACGUGGUGGUCAAUCUGGGAGCUUGACUGUUUUAAUGCAGUCACGGAUCGUUGUCCGCUGCGUAUCGGCCGCAAGAACAUGCAUGUCUUCCUCCCAGUAUCCGACACUGCUUGGUUUAAUGGCAGCCCUAUGGACUCUUCGCUCUUCAGCGCCGAUGUCAUGCUCACAUGGAAAUGCCUUCGUGACAGCCCCAACCGGGACGAGUAUGCGUGGUUUCUGAUUGGCAACUACAUUUUGAUCAAGGCUCAUGAGCUCGGACAACAGAGGACUUCAUCUUGGGAAAGCAUUGAUAUCCUGGAAAUGGUACUAUCCUCGUUUGCGCUUCUGUUCUACGAAGUCUUCUCGGGCUCUACGGGACGCUUGGCGUUUAGCGAAUCGACGUAUGCUAGGAAUAAUUGGCUGAUAUUUACCCGACUGAGCAUACAGUCGGCUCGUACUAUUAUCGCCCUCCUCAGGGAGCACAUGUCUGCUGAUCCCAUCUUCACCGCCUCGAACCGCUUCCUGGACCACCGAGGCGCAGUUACAUGGCCUAAAAUGGGACCCGUCAACGUCAUGGCGGAUCCUUAUCGGCCCAUUAUGCAUGAGGUCUCGCACUUGUUCCAGAACUGGGCCCAGUGUCCCGAAUAUAUCACCUACGCACCCCCAGCCAUGGUCGGCGUCGUGGUGGGCGUUAAAUGGAUGAAUUUCCGUCUCACUCAUCAUUUAGGCAACAGACCUGCGUCGGGAAGCGAUGAGUUUCAGCCGACGAUCCAGGAGGACCUGCUGGUCCUCGUGCUGAGCCAUAUGGCCCGGUACUGGAGUCUCGGAAGUCUUCUAUUAACAUUUGCAGGUACAUCACGAGACAAGUAUACUACGUGGAGGAGGAAGAACACAGCCUCCGGAUGAAGACAUCGGCUUUCGUAAGCGAGCCUAAUGCUCGCUACCUGACUCAUUGUUCAUGAAAUUCUGGCUUUCAAAUCUUUCAGAAGGAGGAAUGUUGCUAGCUAGUAGAAGCGAAC